AACGGAACGGGCAGGGCACCGUUACCCCCCGUGCCCGAGGACCAGGAUGAGCAGGGGACCAGCAUCCCCCGGGCUCUGGGGGCGGACUGGGAUGCGCAAGGAAGCGGGAAAGCUCAGCAGGGUCUCGUUUCCUCUCAGAAGUGCAGCACGGUCUCGUUUUCUCUCGCCGCCGCUCGCAGCCACGGUGCUCCGGGCGCUGGCCCGGGCGGUCCUGAGGAUGCCGCGGGGACAAGGGAAGCGAAAGGCCGAGGUCACGGAGGUGCCUCGCGUGUCUCGGAGGAGGACGGAGGAAGAGGAGGCGAUGCAGGAGGCCCGGCGGAGGGCGGCCCCGUCCGUGCGAGAAUUCAAGUACAACAAAAAGCGGGUUCGCCUCGUCUCGCAGGGCUUGGACCUGAAGGAUGAUGCUCGGUGCAUCCUUUACUGGAUGUGCCGGGAUCAGCGGGUACAAGAUAACUGGGCUUUCCUCUACGCCCAGCGCCUGGCCCUCAAACAGGAGCUGCCCCUGCACAUCUGCUUCUGCCUGGUGCCCAAAUUCCUGGAGGCCACCAUCCGGCACUACGAUUUCAUGCUGAGAGGCCUGCAGGAGGUGGCCGAGGAGUGUGCAGAGCUGAACAUCUCCUUCCACUUGCUGCUGGGCUACCCCAAGGACGUGCUGCCUGCGUUUGUGGUGGAGCGUGGUGUGGGUGGGCUGGUGACAGACUUCAGUCCCCUCCGCCUCCCCCGGCAGUGGGUGGAGGACGUCAGGGAACAGUUGCCAGAGGAUGUGCCAUUUGCACAGGUUGAUGCCCACAACAUCGUGCCCUGCUGGGUUGCCUCCCCCAAGCAGGAAUACAGCGCCAGGACCAUCCGGGGCAAGAUCCACGCUCAGCUCCCUGAGUUCCUCACUGAGUUCCCCCCUGUUGUUCGUCACCCAUAUCCCCCAUCCUGCCCAGCAGAGCCCAUUGCUUGGGAGGCCUGUUAUUCCAGCUUGCAGGUGGACCACACAGUGAAGGAGGUGGACUGGGCAACCCCUGGCACAGCUGCAGGGCUGGCUGUGCUGAAAUCCUUCAUCACAGAGCGACUGAAAUCCUUUGGCUCCCACCGGAACGACCCCAACAAAGCAGCUCUCAGCAACCUGUCCCCAUGGUUCCACUUUGGCCAGGUUUCCACCCAGCGAGUCAUCCUGGAGGUGCAGAAGCACCGGCGCAAGUACAAGGAGUCGGUGGAUGCGUUCGUGGAGGAGGCUGUGGUGCGGCGGGAGCUGGCUGAAAACUUCUGCUACUACAAUGAGAACUACGACAGUGUGCAGGGUGCCUACGACUGGGCACAAACCACCCUGAAACUCCACGCCAAAGACAAGAGGCCUUAUAUCUACAGUCUGCAGGAGCUGGAGCAGGGGACCACACACGACCCACUCUGGAAUGCUGCCCAGCUCCAAAUGGUCCGGGAGGGGAAGAUGCACGGCUUCCUGCGGAUGUACUGGGCCAAGAAGAUCCUGGAGUGGACUCGCUCCCCUGAGGAGGCCCUGAAGUUUGCCAUCUACCUUAAUGACCGCUACGAGCUGGAUGGGAGGGACCCCAAUGGAUACGUAGGCAAGCUGCAGGAUGGGGGCAGAGGGUGGGGGGGUCUUAUCUGUGAUGGCCAAGGCUGCAGCAGUGGGGAGGGCAGGGCAGGGGCUCUCUGCAGGCGGCCCAACCCAUACUCCAGCCCAUCCUGCUUUGCACCCACAUCCCACUUGUUCUCCAUGUGCCUCCGAGCAAGGGGAAGAGCUGACGCUCCAUCCCCAUGCCUGGCAGGCUGCCUGUGGUCCAUCUGUGGAAUACACGACCAGGGCUGGGCAGAGCGGGCCAUCUUUGGGAAGAUCCGCUACAUGAACUACGCCGGCUGCAAGCGCAAGUUUGACGUGGACCAGUUCGAGCGUCGCUAUGCCCCCACGCACUCCCAGUGACAGGCAGAGCGUGCCUUGAGAGGGCUCGUGCCCCUCUGUGCUGGGGCAGAUGUGCCUUUGCCAAGGUGCCACCCUGCAGAGAUCACCCAGGGCAGGGAUCACCCUGGGUGCUGUUGGAGGGCUCGCUGUAACAGCAUCAAGCCCCAUGUCUCUUCUCUGCCACCACCCCCUGCUCGAGCUGCCAUGCUGGGACAGCUGCUGGAGUCCUCUCCUGGAAGCUGUGAGAGCCCAUGCUCAGCAUGCCUGGACUGCCAAAAACCUUUUCUACAACCACCACGCUCAGGAUAGUCCAGGUCACCGUUGCUGCUGCUAACCACAGCUUAGAUUUCAGCUGAGCAGGGUUUUUCUGGGGAAAAAGCCCUCAGAAAGUGGCUUGUGGUGGAGCCAGUGCUAGGCUGGGUGGCAGAUGCAUCUUUUAACAGUUGUUUUAAAGUUUACAGUUUCUAUCA